GAUUCAUAUUACUUGGAUCUGUUCUCGCUGGUACCGUGCAGUAUCUAUUUCACACCGUUGACUAUCGUGGAAUCUUGCGUCUGGGACGCACAUCAAUAUGCCUAUCCAACAACCCUCCAACCAGAUCAAAUUUACCAACGUAUCGAUCGUGCGUUUAAAAAAAGGUAAAAAACGCUUCGAACUAGCCUGCUACAAAAACAAACUCCUCGAAUACCGCUCCGGCGCCGAAAAAGACCUCGACAAUGUCCUCCAAGUUCCCACCAUCUUCCUCUCCGUCUCCAAAGCCCAGACAGCCCCCUCCGCCGAGCUAGCCAAGUCCUUCGGGCGCGACGUCUCCUCCGACGAGAUCCGACAGGAGAUCCUGCGCAAGGGCGAAGUGCAGGUCGGCGAGCGCGAGCGCAAGGAGAUCAUCGAGCGCGUGGAGCGCGAAAUGCUGGAUAUUGUCUCUGGCCGGUUGGUCGAUCCGAACACGAAGCGCGUGUACACGUCUGGUAUGAUUGCCAAGGCGCUGGAUCAGCUGAGUUCUGCCAGUGGGCAGUUGCAGACUCAGGGUCAGGAUGGGGAUGGCGAGGCGGAGGAGGCCCGGCCGAAGAAGCCGCUGUGGACGGGUGUUGUUGAGAAGAAGUCUGCGAAGAUUCAGGCCCUCGAGGCCAUGAAGGCUUUGAUUGCUUGGCAGCCGAUUCCGGUUAUGCGCGCGCGCAUGCGUCUGAGGGUCUCGUGUCCUGUGGCGCUGCUGAAGCAGAGUGUUAAGGCGGGGCCAGCGGAGGGAGCGCCGAAGGCUAAGGAGGGUGGGGGGCAGAAGUCGAAUCCCAAGACUGGCAAGAAGAAUGCGAAGGGGUCGAAGAAAUCGGGGAAGCAUCAGGAGUCGGAUGAGGGGUCGGAUGCCGAGCUGCCGGUGCCGGCGGCGAAGGCUCCGGGGACUGUCAAGGAUAAGGUCCUAAGUUACAUUGAGUCGGUGGAGACGCAGGAGGUGAUGGGGGAUGAGUGGGAGGUGGUCGGGUUUGCGGAUCCGGGGGCCUUCAAAGGGUUGAAUGAGUUUGUGGGCAAUGAGACUCGGGGUAGGGGGCGAGUGGAGGUUCUGGAUAUGACGGUGACGCAGGACGAAUAAAUCCCAUUCUGCAGCACCUAUCUGGCUGUUUCGAACUUGUCUACAUAGAUAGACGUUGCUGAUAUGAGUGAUGACCAAGAUGAUUGUCGAUAACUAAAUGCAAG